AUGUGUGCAGAUGGGAUGAUCAGGAGGUGUGUUUCCGAUGCUGAAACCCGGAAGAUUUUGGAUUUAUGUCACUAUGGACCUACCGAUGGUCAUUAUGGACCAUCUGUGACCGGUAAGAAAGUUUAUGAUGCAGGUUCUUAUUGGCCUACCAUUUUUCAGGAAGCAAAGACUCUAGUUGAGACUUGUGACUCUUGCCAGCGACAAGGUAACAUUUCGAAAAGUGACGAAAUGCCCCAACAAAUGAUUCAGCCGUCCAAUAAGUUCCUUUAUAUCUUAGUUGUUGUUGAUUAUGUGUCUAAUUGGGCGGAAGGCAAGGCUUUGCCAACCAAUGAUACUAGGGUGGUCAUAGACUUUUUGAAACAGCUGUUCUGUAGGUUUGGUGUUCCUCGUGCUCUUAUUAGUGACCGUGAUACUCAUUUUGCUAACCAUCAAUUGGCUAAGGUGUUAAAGAGGUAUGGUGUCACGCACCGUUUUUCUACCUCUUACUACCCUCAAACUAGCGGUCAAGUAGAGAACAUAAACCGUGCCUUAAAACGAAUUCUUGAAAAAACUGUAGGAGAUAGCCCCAAGAUUUGGUCUAAAAAGUUAGAUGAUGCUCUUUAG